CACUUUUUUUGAUGUCAAAAAUCAAUUCCUUUUGGUUUUGUUGUGGAUACCAGAAGUAUCUGUAUACCUUAGGGAUACCUUAGAGAAUAGAUCAUAGUAGAUACCUACUACCUUACCUACUGGAUUUUGGAUUGAUCAUAUACAAAAUAUUAAGGAGAAGAACAAAGGAAGAAUAGCAAUAAUUCUGUUUAUUGCAAGGGUUACCUAUAUAGUUGAAUCAACAUUAUUCUCUCAUUUUAUAUAUAAUUAACCCAGUUUAUUUUUUUGGAACAGCGAUUAUUUACUUCACAGAUUCCAUUAUAAUUAUCACAGAAGGGUCUACAUGAGUUUGGACAUAGAAGAGGCUAACGAAACUCAACAAUUGAUGCAGAAUGAAGGGGAAGAAGAAGAGCAGAAAGUGUGCAAUUCAGCUAUUUCACCUGUUACCAGUAACAAGAUGUCCAGUGGAGCGGCAAGUCUAACUUCAGGGAAGCCUCAGGUGCAGCCUAGCUCCGGAAAUAAUAGUUUGAACGAGUCAACUAAAGUCUCAUACAUUAACGAAAGACGGUUGCAUCGGGAUUUAAUGAGAUCUAAUUAUAACAAUAGACCCAAACAUGUUCCUAAAGAAACUACUGAUGUAAAGCACAUGGAAAAAGCAUUAUUGGAGCUUCUGGAAGAUUUUCAUACUGGGAAAUUAAGUGCAUUUGGCACAGGUUGCAGUAUGGAGCAAAUGAUUAAUGUUCGGGAUCAGCAAGAACAUUUAGCUAGAUUACAUUUCAGACUUUGUGCUGAUGUUGAAAAGCCAACAGAUGAUAGUUUUGAAAAUUCUGGUGCAAGAGAUAAAAUGGCUCAACUAGUACAAAGUUUAGAGCAACUGUCAGCGUCUAUUGAACAUCUGCAUUCAGAUGGUACCAUAAAUAUAGAUAAUGGCAGUUCUAAACAAACAUAAAUUUUAAAAAUUGGUAGGUACCAAAUGAAUGUGUUGAUCCCAAUAAAUACAAGAGAUCCCAUAUACAUAGGAUUAGAAAAAGAGAAAUGUAAUAAAAUGUAUUUAUGUAAUUUGUAAUCAAAUGAUAUUUAUUGUUAUUGGUUAAUUUUUUUGAUAUACAAUAUAAGUUCAAGACUUA